CCCUCUUUCCCCCCCCCCCCCCUCCCACCAAAACCAGAGCUCCAUACAAAGCCAUGCCUCUCAGUACCACAAUCAAACCCACUUUGCUUCCCACUCCGGACUCCAACAAUCUAAUCCCAAGGAAGUUCUUCACAUCAACAACACGCUAUACAAUAUUCCACCGACCUUGUUCCUCAUCUCCUCGAAUUCUCACGGUGAAAUGCAGCAGCAAUGGAGGCUCAGAGCAGAGCAGUAAUAAUUUGAAGGAUCUACUGUCUGGUUAUGUGGAUGGACAAGUAGAAGAGCUACUGAAUAGAGAAGAGAACAAGGUCUUGCUUGAUGGGUUGGAGAAGGCGACAAAGAGGGUAGAGAUUGCUAAAACAGAGCUCGCCGAGAUUGAAAAACAAGAAUUUGAGGCAAAGCAAAUGAGGGAAUACAUCACCCAGCUUGAAAGUAGAGCUUCCGAGAUUGAAAAAUGCCAGAAGGAGAUCUUAGAGGCAAGAGUCAUGGUUGAAGAAGCUGAAAGCUUCCUCUCACAGAAUGAGGAUGGAAUUAAAAAUGAGGAUGAGGUUAACAAGGAAGAAGAGAGAUGGGAAUCAAUAAAAGCAGCUUCUGUCUCUGCCAUUGUUGGAACUCUAGCAGGAUUACCUAUUUCCUUCUCCCAGGUGUCUACCAUUUCAGAGCUAUUACUCCCUGUAGCAAUUACCUUUGCAAGCUGUGCAUUAUUUGGAGUUACCUUUCGAUACGCAAUUCGGAGAGACUUGGACAAUGUUCAGCUUAAGACUGGGACAUCUGCAGCUUUUGGCUUUGUCAAAGGUCUUGGCAUGUUGGGUGGUGGACAACCUUUGGAACUAAAUGCGGAAAGCUUGUUAUCACAUGCUUUUGAUGGUGCAAUUUCUGUAUCUCAGAGUCUCUUUGUUUUUGUUUCUGCUGCUGUUGGUCUGGAUUAUUGUUUUAAGAUGGGGUUUUUAAGUCCUUUUCCUAUCAAAAGAUCAAUUUCAAGUUCCAAAACCAGGUAAAAUGUUAUAUUUAUACUGAAUUGAAUGGUACAUUUAUACCGAAUACAAUGGUGCUGUCUUAGUUUGGCAUUUUUUUGAGUAGAUUAUACCAGUAUUCUUUUUAGUAUGAAGAUUUUCAGCUAGUGAAAACUGAACAAUGACUUUUGAUCUUCCCUUCCCCUGUUGGUAAUUGGGUGAAGACUCCUGAAAAUUGGAGAGAAGUUACUGCUUUUGGGGGGUCUCGGAUAGAAUAAAACACGUUGUUGACACAGCAACCAUGGUAGACAAUUACUUGAAAACAGACUAAAGUCAUCUCUCAGAAUGUUUUAUUUAAUGUCCAAAAGCAUUAUUACUAUGUUGUUUUUGAUAAUUCUCUUAUACUACCAACAACAAUGGAGGAUCUGAGACACAUAAAAAACACCAAAAACAAAUGAGCCUAUGCGCCUAAUCAAAGUGAACUUUACUCAGAUUCUAAGAAAUUGACCCAAAAAAAAAAAAAAAAAAAAAAAAAAAAGAAA